ACUUCCCCGAAGAAGAAGUUCACCCAAAAAUGGCCGCACAGCAACAACCCGGAGGACCGAUUCCGCAAGUUGGAAUGCAGCAAGCUGCUACACUUCAACAACAGCAGUUGAGUCAACAGCAAGAUUUCGACCCCGUUCAUCGAUUCAAAAUGCUUAUUCCACAAUUAAAAGAGAGCCUCCAGAAUGUUAUGAAGAUUGCCUCUUUAAAUUUGGGACAUAAUACAUCAAUUGACAAUGGCAUAAAGAGCAGCGAUGCCAGUGUACAGCGGUUUGACAAGAGUCUGGAAGAGUUUUAUGCCCUAUGUGAUCAGCUGGAACUCUGCUUACGGCUUGCCUACGAGUGCUUAUCCCAGAGCAUUGACAGUGCCAAGCACUCUCCUAACCUGGUCCCAACAGCCACCAAGCCUGACACCGUACAGACAGAGUCCCUGUCCUACUCACAGUACCUCAGCAUGAUCAAGUCGCAGAUCUCCUGCGCCAAAGACAUUCAUAACGCUCUAUUGGAGUGCUCCAAGAAAAUCGCAGGAAAGGGCCAGCCACCAGGAAUCCUGUAGAAAUAGACAUUUUAUAUUAUUUUCCUAAAGUUAUUUGUAUUUUUUUUUGUAAUGAUAAAGACAUACAAAGUUGAUUUAACUGUUUAACAGAUGCCCAUCUUCACUUUUCUUGCCCCCCAAAAUCAGAAAAGUAGCAAAAAUAAUGUCCUCGAGCAUCAAGUAAUGAGAUUCACAACUUCCUGGGACAUCUGUGGCGCCGUUUCCCGCUACUGUAACCAAAAUGAUCAAAUUCCCGUUCAUUUCUCUGUCUUGAUUCAGAUUGGUGCUUUGCCAGAAUGUGGACCGUUUGUCAGCAUGCUAGGCUAGCCAAUGCUAUAGCAGCCCAUUGGAUUCCAUGAAAAAAUAACUGUUACCGUUGGGAAUUCAACAAGACAACGAAAGUGUUGUUGAAUUGAAUGGGUUGCUAUAUCAUUAGCUAACCUAGCAUGCUGACAAAGGGCUGUUUAAUUAAAAACUCAGUAUUUCGAUCAUCUCGAUUCAUCAUUUCGGGAUGAUUAGGAGUACAGCGAGGUAUGUUUUCCAAGCAAUUUCUUUUGUCACAUUCACAUGGUUAGCGUGAGUGUAGCGAAAUGCUUGCGCUUCUAGUUCCGACUGCAGUAAUAUCUAACAAUUUGCCAACAACUACCUAAUACACACAAAUGUAAAGCGGUGAAUGAGAAUAUGUACAUGGAAGUAUAUGGAUGAGCGGCAUAGACAAGGUGCAAUGGAUGUAUAAAAAAACAGUAUACGUGCUAUGAGUAAGAUAUGUAAAAAUUAUUAAAGUGGCAUUAUUUACAUUGUAUAAAGUGGCCAGUGAUUGGGUCUCAAUGUAGGCAGCAGCCUCUGAGUUAGUGAUUGCUGUUUAGCAGUCUGAUGGCCUUGAGAUAGAAGCUGUUUUUCAGUCUCUCGGCCCCAGCUUUGAUGCACCUGUACUGACCUCGCCUUCUGGAUGGUAGCGGUGUGAACAGGCAGUGGCUUGGGUGGUUGAUGUCCUUGAUGAUCUUUUCGGUCAUAUACCGUGCUGGGCUCUGGUGGUCCACAUUCUGGCAUAGCACCGUUCCGAAUUCAAGAGAGAAAUGAACAGGUCUGAUCAUUUUGACUACCGCUACUGCGGAGUUCAGCUUUAAUCAAGUUUGUAUGCCCCAAGGUGUAAAUAUUAUUUUGUUUUGUCACAUUACCUAAUAUGACCACCAGAGAAGUGACUGAGUCAUGUGUUGAAUUCUGUACCAAAGCUGUCCAAAACCAGCUACUAUUCAACCAAACUGCAAAACCUCUGUGUGGCAGAGUAGUUGUCUUAAUUAUAAUAAACCUUUUUACUCAUUUUAA